GCGCGCCGCAAGCAAUGCUUCUCCCAGGGCUUGCGGCGGCGACAUCCCUGAUGGGCUGUUGGGCGGCCUGGUACCUGUUUGUGCUGCAGCCUGCUUCCGUCUCCUCAAGGCCUUUUGGCCCACGCUGGCUGGCAACCCUCGUUUCGAAGAUCAUGUACACCUACGGGCAGUGGUACUUGAAUUAUUCGGACAAUUUCAAAGAGCGGGUGGCUGCCGGACAUUGGGACGACGGGCAGAAUUACGUCUGCUGCUGGCAUCCCCAUGGUGCCUUUUCGAUCUCGGCCUUCUUCUUCGUGGCAUACUACUGGGCCCAGAACUUUCCCAGCGGCAAGAGCGCGAAGCAGUUCGUCAGCAUCGCGCCACUGCUGUUUAGGGUCCCAUUCAUGUCGGAGUAUCUGCUUCUCUGCCAUGCGCGGCGACAGGAUCGCAAGACCUUCUCGAAGCUCCUGGACCAGGGUGCCACCGUGGCAGUGAACCCAGGCGGCCUCUACGAGCAAGUCGCCACGGAUGCGAAUCAGGAGCGGCUCUUCUUCCCGGCCAACUUGGGCUUCGUGCGGCUCGCCAUCCAACAUGGCACCCCGCUGAUCCCAAUCUACUGCUUUGGUGAGAACCAGCUGUUCAGGACCGCAGAGUGGGUUCGCAAGGUCAACAACUUCCUGUACAGGAAGCUGAAGGUUGGCAACUUCCUGAUCUUGGGCCUCUUUGGCAUCCCAGUGACGCCGCUGAUCCCCAGUCCGCUCUUCAGCCCCGUCUUUCGGACCCGGCUGCACAUUGAGUUCGGCCCGCCGGUCCCUGUCGGCCCGAAAGAAGCGGAGCCCAGCGACGAGCGCGUGCAGGAGGUCUACACGAAAUACGUCGCGGCCCUCCAAGAGAUGUUCAAAGCCUGCGCGCCAAAGUAUCUUCCGAAGGAGGUCGCCGACCGUGGUUUGGAGAUCGUUCUGCGGGACAA